AUGAGUUCUGGCAAUGUGAAGCCAGAAGAAGAUGCUAUAGAAAAGGAUAAUGUAAGGGUUCCUGCCUCAGCAUUUUCAGAAUCAAAGCAGCAAAAGGUGGUUCGGCAGCCUGGAAAUAGCUCCCAGGGAAUUGAGCGUAUUCUUAUGUCUAGUGCAAAUGAGGAUGAUGUGCAGGUUAAUAUAGUUGGGAGUGGGAGUGUAACCUUUGGUGGCAGGGCAGUGGAAGAUGCUUGUGAGGAUGUCAUUGAUUCUGAAUGUUCCAGUUCCAGUUCUUUUGGUGAUACAGAUUCUGGCACAGAGGAUACCUCGGGCUCGGCGUUCACUAAUACUGGAAUAGAAUCGCUGCCAAUGUGUGAUGGUGAUCAAAGUAAGACUUCUCCAUCUAGAAGGAACAAGGCAACGACAUGGCACUGGAGGAGCUUCAUUCACCCUGUUAGGUGGCGCUGUAAGUGGCUAGAAUUGCAAGUGAAGAAACUUAACACUCUUGCACUGAAAUAUGAUAAAGAGCUUGCGGCAUACGAUUAUAGAAAGCAGCUUGAGUUUUCAAAGCUCACAAUUGAUGAUCUUAAUGUGAAGUCCGUACCUAUAUAUGAUGGCAUUGCCAGAAAUAAAAUUAUGAAGAGAAAAAAAAGGAAAAAGGCUGAAGAACGUGAUUUAUCACCAUAUGUGUCUAACCAUAGUAUUUUCUCUUACUAUGAGAACAAAAACCAGGGCGCUUGUAUGGAAGAUUUCUCUGGUGAUGCCUUGAAUCACGCAGAUAUUAUCGAGGAGGUUAAGUUUCAUGAUACAUUGUCUUCUGCCGAUCUUGAAGAUAAUGAUAAAGCUAUCAAUGACAUCAUUCAAAGUAUUCAAGAGCUACAGUCACAUGUUGGGAAAUUGAAAACUCGUAUUGAUAAUGUUGUCAGUGAAAAUCCAGGAAAGUUCUGUUCUGUAACUCGGUUGUGCAUGAGUGGACCAUCUGAUGGAUUUAAUCCUUCUGGUCAUAAUUCUAGUUCUUUAGUCGGCAAUAACAACACAUUCUCAGUCAGAUUUGUUCCUGCUUCAUCACAGCAAAAAUCUGAAUUGAACUCAGAAGAUCUACUUUUGACUGAAAAUACAUUGCCAACUCGGUCUCUGAUAUCUCCCUUUAUCGGAACCACUAAUAUGCCCCAGCUUGAGUUUCUCCAGGAUAAUGCCAAGGAUGGAAUUCUUAUACAAAAUCAGGCAGCUAAGGAAGAGUUGCAUGAUUUUGAGAGCGUUAGAAACCAGUUUGUGGAGAAAAACAAGGAAUUAGUUGAAGAGCAUAAAUCCAUGUCCACUGCUCAAGUCGUAGAAUCUGAGAUGGACGCUGAGAAUGCUGUUUCUACUUUGCAAGUUGGUUCUGCAUCAAACUCAAAUUUUCGUAGGAGCAAAAGGAGGGGAAGGAGGAAAAUUGUCUCAAAGGGUUGGAAACGGAGAUAG